UUGGAGACAGAGCUCUGAAGGGUGUGUUUUAUGUACCACUGCAGAUUCAAUGCAAAAAAGACUCGAGGAAGGGAAUGAGCCAGAAGACAGAACUGAAAAGAUGCUGAGAUAAAGAAAAGAUGGAGACAAAAAUGUGACAAGGAGAAAACAAAAGGGAUGAAACAACGAGAUAAAAGACAGUAGCGGAUAAAGGAAGAGGAACACCUCCAGAGUUGGCUACAGAAGGAGGGAUUGUGGAAACGUAAGACAGAAGCAAGCAGCUUCAGGAUCCCCAGUCACAACACAAAAGCAAAUCCUGCGCAGAACCAAAUUAAGGCGCGCUAUUGUUAACCCUUCACCGCCCUCCAGUGGGUCUCACUGGAGAGUGUGUCUGGCUUGGUGCAUAAACUGGGAGGGUCUGUGUUGUCCUGUGUUGAUGAGUGUUCUGGUGUUUUCUGUCACUUUUGAUGGGACAUUAAGAGAUGUUCGUGUCACAGCGUCCGUGGAUUGGCUGUAGGGGGCCAUACUCCCCUGUUCUCCCCCUGAUCCUCCUGCCUUUGUCCUUCCUGCUUGCUCAGGGAGCUAUCAGCAUUCCGGAACACUAUAACAUACCCCGCUUGCAAACGCCUCCCAGUCUGACAGUGGUGCCAGCAGCGGUGACGGCGUUUUCUCGAGAAGAUAUAAUUCUGACCUGUGAGGCCUCUGGCAACCCCACACCCCACAUCCGCUGGGUGAAGGAUGGCGCCCAGUUUGGCAGGGAACAGAAAGGGUCCGGAAAAGUUAACGCCUCAGAAUACGGAAAAGAGGCGCCGCUGGAAUCCUUCGCCGGCUUCUACCAAUGUUUUGCCUCCAAUGACCUGGGGACUGCCAUGACACAAACUGUAAAGGUUAUAGUUGAGCCUCAUCCAUUUAUACCAAAAGAAAACGAAUUGACCAAGACAGCAUUUGUAGGCCAGAGCAUAAUCCUGACCUGUAACCCUCCAAAAAGGUCUACUCCUCCUCGGAUCUACUGGAUGGGCACCGGGAUGGUUCACAUUCCACAGAAUGAAAGAGUAAUGAUUGGCCUGGAUGGAAACUUGUACUUUUCAAAUCUUGUGAUGGACGACAGCAGAGAGGACUACAACUGCUAUGCUCAGUACACAUCAGCCAGGACUAUUAUCCAUCCGACUGCUGUAAAACUCACUGUCCAGUCAAGUAACGAUGUCAGUCAGGAAAAAGGACCACAUUUCCUCCAACCCCAAGACUCCCACAAUGUAGUGCCAGCCCUCAGGGGUCAAACUGUCACCCUUGAAUGUAUCCCCAAAGGCCUGCCUACUCCCAAGGUGGAAUGGCAGAAGACAGAUGGGGUUCUGAAGACCACAAGUGCCUCGCUAAACAACAGUGCCCGCUGGCUUCACUUCAAGAGCAUCACCGAGGAUGAUGACGGAGAGUACAAAUGUAGGGCGCACAACAUUCAUGGGAAUGCGACACGUUCCUUUACAAUUACUGUAAAAGCGGCUCCCUACUGGACGAAGCAGUCCCCAGACCUGAAGUAUGCACCAGGGGAAACUGUAAGACUGGAUUGUCUGGCCAAAGGGAAUCCUGACCCCACCAUCACCUGGAGAAUCAAUGGCGAACCACUGACAGGUGGGACAGCCGUGGAUGAGGAUUCCCGUCGGACCGUAACCAGCAGCGCACUGAUACUGAGGGAUGUGGUACUUUCUGACACAGCCGUCUAUCAGUGUGAAGCCACCAACGUACACGGCUCCAUCCUCCAGAAUAUCAACCUGUUUGUUGUUGAGCUUCCUCCUCAGAUCUUGUCUUCUGAUGGGAUGGUGUACAAGGUCUUUGAAGAUGAAGACAUCAACAUGGACUGUGAAUCUUUUGGUGCUCCUCGACCACAUAUAUCAUGGGAGCGUGACGACAUGGUUCCUCUGCUGUCAGAUCCUCGUGUUUCCCUGUUUACCAAUGGAACAAUUGAGAUAGUUAAUGUCACCCAUGAAGACCAGGGAGUGUACACCUGCUCUGUUGAUAACACCAACAUCUCCAUUACUGCUAACCUGGAAGUUUUUGAUAAAACUGAAAUACUCAAAGGUCCCCAGGACAUCUACGUCCACAGAGGAGAAGCUGUUUUCCUGGACUGUCACUUCUACAAGGAUCCUCGACUGCAUGGCUCCAAGGUCCAUUGGAAGAAAGACAACCUGAACUUGAGGAUGCUUGACAAGUACACUUUUUUCAAGAAUAACACACUAAAAGUGACAAAGGUCCAGUCAGAUGACACAGGAAAUUACACUUGUGAGGUCGAAACUGAACCACUGGGCCAUGUGAAAGCCACUGGCUCCAUCAUUGUAGAAGCUCCACCAGGGCCUCCGGGUUCUGUAUCCCUGUCCGGUGUUGAGGACCACAGCGUCAAUCUCAGCUGGAUCCCAGGACCCUCACACAACAGCCCCAUAACAGUGUUCAUCGUGGAAGGCCAUGAGCAGCCCCACUCAGAGGGUAGGAACUCAGCAUGGCAGACGUGGACCACGGUACCCGGGAACUUCAGUCACGUCGUGCUCCGCCUGAAGCCCUUCUGCAACUACCGCUUCAGAGUUACCGCUGUUAAUAAAAUUGGCCAGAGCAACCCCAGCAAGCCCUCCAAUGAGCACAGGUCACCACCAGCAGCUCCAGGAUUGAACCCCACUAAUGUGCGCACUAAUUCAACAGAUCCAGGGACUCUGCUAAUCACAUGGGAUGAGAUGGAAAAGCACCUCCAUAACGGCCAGGACUUCAAGUACCAGGUGUACUGGCGGGAGGCUAACAAUAAAAACACAAACUGGAACACUGCCUCUGUGAAGUCUCCACCGUUUAUAGUAAAUAACACAGGAACCUUCACACCAUUUGAGAUCAAAGUCCAGGCGGUCAAUGCAGUCGGAUCAGGACCAGCACCUGUGACAAUGACGGGACAUUCCGGGGAGGACAAGCCAGAGGAGGCCCCCACUGGAGUUUCAACCACUGUGAUGAACAGCACGGUCAGAGUGACGUGGAACCAAGUGCGGAACGUCCGUGGUCAUCUGCUGGGUUACAGGAUAUACAUCAGGAGGCUAGGUCCUUCCAGCAGACGAGACAGGAGGUCUCUUGGCAAACAUCACCACAUGGGGGAAAGAGACAAACAUGAGCACCAUAAACGGACGAACAGGGACAGCUGGAUGGUUGAGGUCCGUGGUCCAAAGACUUCAGCUGAGGUCACUGGUUUACGCCUCUUCUCCCAGUAUGAGCUCAGGCUCACAGCCUUCAACAGCAAAGGGGAGAGCCCUCCUUCCACGCCGGUACAUUUAAACACCCCAGAGGGAGCUCCUGGUCCUCCUGCAUCUUUGAGGUUUGAAAGCCCCACAGAGACCUCACUGAUUCUUCACUGGACUCCUCCACAUGAAAUCAAUGGCAAACUUCUGGGAUAUGUGGUGCAGUACCAACAAGAUGGGGAGAGUCAUGGCAACCUGGUGAAGUUCGAGAUGAUCAGCGAUCAAGUAAACCAUUUUGAGCUGAAUGAUCUGGACCCUAGCAGUUAUUACAUCUUUAAGGUUAUCGCACUAACUGCUGCAGGACAGGGUCCUUACAUUGAAGGGAGGGUUGCCACCCUGCUGGAAGGAGUUCCUCCAUCAAACAUCACUGUAGUUUCCAGCAACACGUCGUUCAACCUGAGCUGGGUGCCUGGAGACCGCCACAGAAACCACGGUUUCCACAUCCACUACCUCAGGUGGAAAAGUGGAAAAGAACUGGAAAAAGGAUUGGGAAGCGCAGCUGGCGUUAGGUGGGAAAGGUCAGAACUGAUCAACUCCACACAGGGUUUCUAUUCGCUCACAGGCCUCCAACCAGGAACAAAAUACAGCCUAAUGAUCCUGCAUGAUAACAACUCUCACUGGCAGCAGGAUUUCCGGACCAUGGGACCAGAGCCCUCAGAAAUGCCGGGCAGGUUUGCCACCCAGGGCUGGUUGAUAGGACUUAUCAGCGCCAUUCUGCUUCUGAUCUUGAUCCUCCUCAUCCUCUGUCUAAUUAAACGCAGCAGGGGUGGAAAAUAUGCAGUGAAAGACAAAGAAAAGAAGGAGAUUGACUUUGACCUUCAGAACAAAGAUGAGACCUUUGGAGAGUACAGAUCCCUGGAGAGCGAUGGAGACGAGAAGCGUUCUGACAGCCAGCGGUCUCUCUGCGACCACAGCAAGCUGGGGAGCGAGGACUCCCUGGCUGAAUACGGAGACAGUGUGGACAUCCAGUUCAACGAGGACGGCUCCUUCAUCGGCCAGUACAGCGGCCGUGCAGCCGCUCCCCAUGGCAACGAGAGCUCUGGUCCGGCCUCCCCAGUCAAUCCGGUCCCUCCGCCUCCUAUUGCCCCGUCUAUGUCGAGCGUCCUCAACCGGCCGAGCUAGAUCCACACACACAUAUACAAGAAAUGCACCUAUUCAUGCAUGCCUGCAACAAAACCGAGAAGGGACGGAGCUCUCCUGAUUCCACUGCCUGUUUCCAACACAUUCAACAGUGGGCUUCCACAGGAAGCCUUUCCUUUUUCCACCCUAUGUUUACAGGUUUUACUCUGAAUGUAGCAGCUGCUGAGCAACAAAACUACAAGAUGAAGACAGUCUGGAGCUCCUAAAUCAGCUCCAUCAACCCAGACACAUUUGGCUUUUCAUUUAUUUAGAAGCAGAUCAACAAAUAUAUCUUUUAUUAAAUUCAUUUGAAUUGUUUUAAUGGGUAAUUUGUUGACAGGGAUGGCAGUAAUACUUACCAGACAAGUUUACCUUUAAGCACCACUGCCAAAUUUGUAAUAAUUUCUGUAAACUCAGAAUGAAAACAAGCACCUGGAGUUAGCAGAUUUGUACUGUUGACAGGACAACUUGCUGAAGGAAUCAUGUUUUUGCACUGUCAGAAUAUAAUUGCUUGACUAAAGGAUUUCAAAAACUGGUGCAGCUGAGACCAUUAGAGGACAAUGAUGCAUUUAAUGGAAACGUUUUUUUUUUUUUUUUCAUUUCCCAUUCAUUUUCAGGCUCGUUGUGUUUCUGCACAUUUACUUUUAUUAUUUUUGUUUUUACUUCAGCAUCACCACUUUCUUAUAAGACAUUUUAUUUGUAUUCAUGAACAAACAGUGGAGAAGUGAGGAGCCCCUAACAAAGAUGCAGAUUUUCUCUUGAACAUAAAACGGUACUAACCACUGCUUCUCUGUGCAGCUUCAGUGUGCAACUACACCCUGUAAUCAAACUAAAGCAUCCUGCAAAAUAAUAAUUAAUUUUACCCGAACCCUUUUAUUUGAGUAGAAUGCGCUUCAUUUCAACGUGCCUCUUAGUGAAAACUUUAUCAUAAAAAAAUAUGAUCAACGGCAGUUAAUCCAUUUGACCAGGAGAUGGCACCAGUUUUAAAUGAUUGAAACGAUUUUAGGCUAUGACGUAAUUUCCACGCAUCUGCUUAAACCGGAGUUUGGGUCUCCAGAAGGCUUUGUUGGGAUAAUUCAGGGGAAUCACAGACAGCAAUGCUCUCCUAUGCACGCAAACACAGCUCAUAAAGAGGAGGCAGGUCCACUGGAGAAGAAAGCGUGGAAGGAAAAAAUUAUGCAGGCAGAAAGAGAAUCUUAUGUUUUCCUUCUCCGAAUGUAAAUAAAACCUUAAGAUUGUCUUUUUUUACUUUAUACAGCUUCUUUUAUAAAAUAACCAAAUUGUUGUUAUCUAUUGACGUGUUUGAUUUUGAGCAUUUGUAACCUACAGACCUCCCACCCCACGUCGACUGCUGUUGACUUUUCCUCUCGUGUCACUUAGUAUCUCAAAGCUCCUUUAGAAGAGUAGAAUCAUAGAGUUCGACCCUCUUCCUGUUUCCUUCUAGUGCUUAGAUAUGCAGCAGAAAUACAGAUUAUUAAAACAUCAUGUGACAUAAGGUGACAUUCAUACAAACAUGCCAGAGCAGAGAGUUUUAAAUGGACUUGGCUGAGAUGUGCCGAGCUUUCCUGAUAAACCAGCUCAGGGAACUGGUCGGAUGGCUCUUUCUGAUGGUUUUCUCCAGGAUCAGAAGAUCUGCACUGCAGGAGCUGCUCACCGGGGCUCCGACUGUACCAGACAAACUCAGUCUGACAGGAUAUGUGAUGGCAAAAGGAGAAUGUUCUACAUUACUGAGAUGUGCUAACUAACUUGCUUGUUGCAUUGUGUGCUAUACUGUAAGCUGGCAAACUAACCUCAGACUGUCAACUAAUAAAUAAACAUGGACAACGCAUAAACUGAA